UUCCUCGUUAGCGUCUGACGGCCUUGCCUUGAUGUCAACUUUGGACUUCCCGACAACAAUGUUGAUGUUGGAUUUGGAGACAAAUGAAGUGGGGUUUCGCUAUUGCUUGUGACACAUUUACAAAACGACGGCCACGGCCGCGUCUGUUAGUCUCUGCAGUGCGAAAGCGGAACGCAGCGGGUCAGUGGUGAAGCCUCCGGUCGGAAAGUCCCUCCAGCUGGGACGGAAAUUAGUAACACAACUGUGUUAAUUUUGGGCAGCGACUUGAGGCCUGAAAGCUCUAAGUCUGACCAUUCGGAAGUAGUGAUUCUGAUCUUCGAAGCUGCUGCAUAUUUGAAUAGUUUUGCCUUGUACAAACAUGAGAGGCGUGCAAUAUUGAGAUUCUUGCCGGGCGAUGGCGGACUGGGAGCAACUGGAAGAGAAGUUGGAGAAACUUGUCGUUCGACUCCAAAACAUAGAACAGGGAAAGCAAUUGAAUGCUUUACUUCAGAUUUUGGAUGAUUUUAUUAAUCUCACCGCGGAACAAAAUGCCUCAAGUUUAUUCGAAAAUAAAAACGUACAUAUGCCGCUGUUGGUCGUUCUGGAAUCCUUUGUUGAUGUACCCAGUAUUCAACAGAAAGGUUGGUCUUUAUUCUGUAAACUGGCUCAGCUCUGCCCAGACACAAUUAACAAGUUGGUUGCACCACAAGAUGUGGGAAAGGACUGGGAUGUUCUUGGUGUGCACCAUCAGAUCCUGAAUUUGUUGUGGACUUACAGUACUGAUCCCAGUAUUCUGCUGAUUGGCCUUGAGGUGUUAAUACUCCUCAUUCAGUCAGAUGAAAUUUCUUUAUUGCUUCGAGAUGAAGAAAUUGAUGUUUUCUCUGUGGUUAUUGAUGGAAUGCGCAGAUUUGCUGAACAGUGUGAAAUCCAGAUGCAUGGAUGCCAAGUGUUGUACAGACUCUUAGAAAAAGUUUCAGAUGAGCAGGUCCUUGAAUUUGUGGAAGCAGAAGAUCACCUUGUUAUUCUUCAAGCCAUUAAAAACUUUAUGGAACAUGAGGGUACGGUACUGUAUGCUCUGAGAGCUCUCCUUCCUUUGGCUGGUUCACAAAAUAAUGUAGAAAUUCUGAUGUCUGGACAUGAAAAAUGUUACAGUUUGGUAGUGGAUGUAAUGAAAAGAUUUCCCAACAGUGAAGCAAUUCAUGAAGUUGGUUGCUGUUUAUUUCAGAGGUUUGCACUUGAUAAUUUUUACAGCAUUUUGGUUCUCAAUGGAGUACAUGAAAUCAUCAUUGAAGCAGUUAGGAAAUAUCAACACAAUCGUAAUUUACAAGCUGCAGCUUUGAGCACUAUAGCUCUUUUAACUGAAACAAUAAUCGCAAAUAAGGAUCUUGGUGAGCAAAAAGAUGAUCUCUGCUGGCUGGAGGAAUGCUCUAAAGCUUUGGAGUUAUACAAGGGAAAUGCUAAGGUCCAGGAAGCAGCUUGUUGGGCUCUGAACAAUUUACUCGUGUAUCAGACUAAUCUUCACACAAAGAUUGGAGAUGAAGAAGCAUGCUAUCCAAUUCAUCGGCAGGUGAUGGCAGCCAUGUUACUACAUCCUUCAUCAAAAGAAGUGUUUCAGGCAGCUGCAAGUACUCUGGCAACUUUGGCAGACCAAAGCAUACAAAUAAGGAAACUUCUGUUGGGAAAAGGGAUACAUAUCAACACUUUAGAACAAAUGAAAAACAAUUUAGACUCGAGUCAUGUCUUGAAGAGUGCCUGCAAGUUACUUAAUAAGCUUUAUCUUGGGAGCAAUCUGAAUCUAGAUGUCAGGACUUUAACCUUAAAUAGGACAGUGAACGCUUUGAAGAAUCAUGCAAACAAUUGUUCACUACAUCUUGAGGCCCUUCAGGUUAUAUCACAUAUAACUUGCCCUGUAUCUAAAAUCUAUCCGAAAGAGGACCCGAUAAAUAUGGAUGCGUUGGAAUCAAUGGCAAAAUUAAUUCACAAGCAGUGCUUGUUGGAGAGUUUACAUGAAUUAAUUCUUGAUAGUUUAAACAAGUUCAUCCAGAAUCCAGCAAUCCAACAGUAUGGUUUUCGAGUGCUGUGUUCUAUUACUGAUAGUUCAGAUGCAAAGGAACUAACAUAUCAUGGGGUUUUGGACACAGUAAUACAUACUUUGCAAAUGUUUCCACUUGAACGAGAAAUUCAGUAUCUGGGUCUGAAACUUCUAGAAGUCCUUAUUCCUGUGAUAGAUUUGCCUCAAACACAUGUAGCACUAUUGGCAAAUGUUUUGAUUGAGACACUGCGUCGAUAUGAAGAGGACAUGGAAGUGCAAGUACAGGGAUUUCAAGCCACUUUGUUAUAUUUUGAAACCAUACCAUCUGUUAUUGAAAUUUUCUUCAAGAAACGUAUUGACACAUUUAUUUUUCAUCAGAUCACAAAAUGCAAAAACAAACAGCUACAGACCCUCCUCUGCAAGUGUUUAUCCAAGUUGGCCAUUGAUCGUGGAAUAAGAAAUCAGAUGCUUGAAAGUGCUUGCUCAGAAAAUAAUAUCAUGAUGGCAAAAUACUUAAUCAUGCUGGAAGCUGAUGUCAAUCAAAAAUGUAAAAAUGAGUCAUUAAUUUACCAGGUUUGUAAGAAAAGGAGAAGCCCAUUUUUAGUGGAACUUUUGCUUGACAGUGGAGCACGUGAGCAAGACAUUCAAAAAGCUUUAGAUGCCAGUAUUAAAAUAGGGGAUGACAAAAUCAUAAGCUUGCUUUUAAGAAAACUUGGAUUGGAUCAAAACAAUAAGGCUAUUUGCUUGAGUGGACUUCAUCUAGGCAAGAUUAAAGCUUCUUGGUUAUAUUCAUUGUUUCCUGAUGAAAAUGUUCCACAUUCAAAACAACAGCCAACUACUGUAGCUUCCCCUGGACUUUGGCAAAGUGAUACAUUAGAAUGUGCAUAUUUGGUAAUACAGAAUUCAAAUACAAAUUCUCAACUCUGUUACUCUGGAAAAAUGCUAGAUAAGAGUAAUGAUUGUACUUUGUCGGCAAAUGUAUCAGCAACUGAUGGGAAGGAAAAUAGCAUCUUUGAUGACUUGGAAAGCAAAGAAGAUUACGUCCUGGUUCAGAAUGUAAAUUAUAACUUAAGUGCUGCAACAUCCAGUGAAUCUACAGUUCAGUUGAUCCACCAUAACUCUUUGAGUGAACAGGACAAUGUUGAGUUUGCAAUUAAUUCAAGCGUGAGAGUGAGUUCUCAAAGAUCAGGUGGAGCUCCAAAAAGACCCUCUUUUGGAAGUGGGCAAGAUGAUUUACUGCAUACUGGCUUUGACACAGAAUUCAUCAGGUCAUUGGAUCUUUCUGGAAAUGAGCUGGAUGAUCUGGGUUUCAUCAGUGAAAAAUGUAUUGUUGUGCAUUUUGCACGACUGCAAAAACUAGAUCUAAGACAAAAUAACUUGACGAAUUUCUCAGAGGAUUUGUGCUCUGUUCUCAAGUGUCUGGUUGACAUUGACUUGAGCAAUAACAAACUCACAUCCUUUCCAUCUUGCAUACUGGAAAUGCACUUCAUUAAAUACCUUGAUAUCUCCAGAAAUAACAUUGAUCAUAUUCUGAACUUGAACUGCAGAUGCCCAACCCUGAAAAGAUUAAACUUGUCUCAUAAUCAGCUUUCCUCUUUCCCAGAAUGUCUUGCUGAAUCUACUGAAAAGCUAGAAGAAUUCUUACUUGAAGGAAACAAAAUUAGCACAAUUGUAUCUUCACUGUCUUUGACUGAACUGAAUCUACUGGAUAUUAGUCAGAACUGCAUCUCCGCUAUAAUGGAUACAUUUGUGACAGAAUGCUCCAAGCUGGAAAUAUUGAGAGCCUCGGAGAAUCAGCUCAGUGGUUUGUGUGGUUUGCCAUCAAAAAUUACUACAAUUGAUCUGGCGAGCAAUAACUUCAGUCAAGUUCCGGAAGCGGUUCUCAACCUUCACCACUUAAGGACUGUCAAUCUAAGUCACAACAAGAUAGCAAAACUCCCUGGGCCUAUUCAUUGGGAGUCUUCAAGUCUAAGGGAACUCGUAUUUAGCCAUAAUCAAAUCAGUGUAUUGGAGCUCAGUGAAGCAGUAAACAAAUGGUCAAGACUAGAAAAGCUGAAUCUUAAUAAUAACAACUUAAAGGAGCUACCUCCCCAGAUUGGUCUGCUAAAAAACAUGACUUCUUUACUCGUGAGUCAUAACUCUGAUUUGAGGUCCUUGCCAAAUGAAAUGGGAAAGCUGCAGAAGCUGUGGGAACUUGAACUGCAAGGAUUGCUUCUCGAUUUGGACUUGAAACAUGUUGGCAGCAAAACAAAAGAUAUUAUCAGAUUUUUACAUCAACGUCUAAAGAAAGCUGUGCCUUAUUACAGAAUGAACCUAAUGGUAGUGGGAAAUUAUGGAAGUGGUAAAACCACUUUGCUUCAGCAACUGAUGAAAUGCAAGCGGCCUAAUUCUGAAACAGAGAAAUCCACAACUGGAAUUGAUAUUAGGGAGUGGUCAAUUCAUGUAAAAGGCAAACUCGGGAAGAAAAAGGAAUACUUGUUGAAUGUCUGGGAUUUUUCAGGCCAAGAAGAACUCUACAGCACAUUUCCACAUUUUAUGUCUCCACUUGCCCUCUAUCUUGUUGUUUGCAAUCUGAGUAAAGGAGUUGCUGAAAUUGAUGCUAUCAGACAUUGGCUUUUCAACAUAAAGGCCCAUGUCCCAUCUUGUCCAGUAAUUCUUGUUGGAACUCAUAUGGAUGAGACUGAUGAAAAGCAUUGGCAAAGCUGCAUUCCCAGAAUCAAGGCGCAAUUCAUUCGGCAUCAUGAUUUCCCUUCUGUUCGUGAUUUCCAUUUUGUGACAGCUACAGAAGAAUCUGAAUCGAUAACAAAAUUGCGAAGAGCUAUUAUCAGUGAAAUACAGACAUUUAAGAUUAGAGACCAACCUGUAAUGGGCCAGUUGAUCCCACAGGGAUAUAUGGAGCUGGAAAAGAGGAUUACACAAGAGCGAAGGAGUGUCCCUUUGGAAUUUCCAGUAAUUCAGCAGCAGCGGCUGUUGGAAAUAGUUCAAGAAAAUCAGUUGCAGCUGGAUGAAAAUGAACUGCCGCAUGCUGUUCACUUCCUCAAGAAUUCUGGUGUGCUACAGCAUUUUUGUGACCCCGCUCUUGAGUUACGGGAUCUUUAUUUUAUAGAUCCACAAUGGUUGUGUAAAACAAUUGCACAGAUUUCAACUAUUAAAGCAUCAUGCUUUCCAAAGCAUCCUUGUGGUAUUAUUUAUCAAUCUGAUGUCGAGAAGUUUCUCUCACAAGAAAACAAUUUUCCUCAAAAUUACAUACCACAAUGCAUAAGACUUCUAGAAAAAUUUCAGAUUGCACUGCCUUUAGGAGGACAACAACUACUUAUUCCAAGCAGCUUACCUGAUCAGAGACCUGUAAUUGAACUUCCACACCGUGAAAACUCUGAACUGAUCGUAAGAGUUUAUGAAGCACCGUACUUUCCAAUGGGAUUCUGGUCUAGACUUAUUCACAGGCUAAUUGAGGUUUCAGCUUGUUUGCUUCGUAGAUAUGAUGAAGAGAAGCCUCUACGUUCCAAUAAAACAUAUUGGAGACAUGGGAUCUACCUGAUGUGGUCACCAGAAGUCUAUUGCCUGGUAGACUCAGCUACAUUGCAUCAUAAACUAGAGAGUGUUCUCAGAAUAACUGUUCCGUGCUCCAAGAAAGGGUACAUUCUGUUGGGCCAGAUUGUGGAUCACAUUGAUUCCCUGCUGGAAGAGUGGUUUCCAGGCCUACUGGAGACUGAUAUAAAUGGUGAAGGAGGGACUCUUUUGAAGAAGUAUGCCAUGUAUAGCUUUGAAAAUGGUCAAGAAUGUCAGCGAAUUCUACUGGAUGAUUUAUUAGAAGUGGCAGAAACAGAAGAUUUUUUGACUUGCCCAACUGAUAGAAGCAACAAAAUUUCAAUUUCUCAAAUUGCCCCAGACCUUGUUCUGGUUGAUUUACCCCACAAUAUUGUACUGGAUGUUAACCAGCUUGAACUUGAACUCUCAUCUGAAUUUCUGUUGGGUGAUGGAGGAUUUGGAUCUGUAUACCAGGCAACUUACAGACAAAAAGAAGUGGCUGUUAAAAUAUUUAACAAGCAUGUUUCACAGAUGUUUCUACAUCGCCUUUUGAGACAAGAACUUGCAGUUCAUUGUCAUCUGCGUCAUCCAAGUUUGAUUUCAUUAUUUGCUGCUACCUUUCGACCUCGGAUGUUGGUCAUGGAAUUGGCACCCAAAGGGUCCCUAGAUCAGUUACUUAACCAUGAAAAAGAACAACUUAAUCGAAAACUUCAACAUCGGGUGGCUCUACAUGUGGCAGAUGGCUUAAGAUAUCUACAUUCUUCAAUGAUAAUCUAUCGAGAUAUGAAGCCUCAUAAUGUGCUUCUGUUCAGCUUGAACCCUAAUUCAGCUAUAAUUGCCAAAAUUGCUGAUUAUGGUAUUGCUCAAUAUUGCUGUAGAAUGGGAAUCAAGAAUUCUGAGGGGACACCAGGGUUUCGAGCACCAGAAGUUGCAAAAGGAAAUGUCAUCUACAAUCACCAGGCUGACAUAUAUUCCUUUGGAUUACUUUUGUAUGAUAUCAUUACGAAUGGUAAAAGAAUCUCUGAUGGAAUGAAGUUUCCAAAUGACUUUGAUGAGAUGGCAGUUCAGGGGAGAUUGCCAGAUCCAGUGAAAGAAUUAAACUGUUCACCAUGGCCUGGUGUACAGAAUUUAAUUGAUCAUUGUCUGAAACCGAAUGCAGAGGACAGGCCUAAAGCUUCUCAGGUAUAUGACAGCCUGAACUGUGUGAAACUACUUUGUUUGAUGAGAAUAACAACAAUACCCAGUAAUCUUGCAGCGGAGUGCAUGGUAGCUACUAACCCAACUUGCAGAAAACCGAAUGUCUGGAUUGGCAGUGGAAAAGGAGAUAAGGCACAACUUUCUUCUCUGGAGCUGGACACUCAAGGCCAGACUCUUAUGGAUAUCAAUGAUAACUGCAUAUUGUGUCUGGCAUUCGUAAGUGUGAUUGGUGAACAAGUUAACUGGGUUGUUGCUGGCACACAGUCAGGACGUUUGUGGGUAGUCAGCGCAGAGGAUGUACAGUUGAAACACCAACUUCGGAAGAUGACUGAUUCUAUUACCUGUUUGUUCUUUACAAGUCAUUCCAAAAAGAGCAAAGAAGACAACUUGCUUUUGGUGGGGACAGCAGAUGGGAAGCUUGCUGUUUUUAAGGAUACCACAGUAAAGUAUCAAGAUGGUGCACCACUGAAGGUUAUUGAUAUAGGUGACAUCAGUACUCCUUUGGUGUGCCUGAGCACGUCAACCAUUUCAGGACAGAUAAUCUACUGGGCAGGUUGUGGAACAAAGGCUGUAUCACUCAACAGUGGUUUUGCAAUUCAGAAGAUGAUAGAGACAAAAACCAGGCCACUAAGACAACAGAAAUAUCACAGUGGAAAUAUUAUCACAAUGGUGAUUGAUAAUUAUAUAUAUUUGGCAAAGAAGGGUAGCCAUGUUGUCGAAAUAUGGGACUACAAUGUAGAUAAAAUGAAUCUAUCAUUUGACUGUGCUUCUAUUCUUAAGAAUGACAGCUAUUCUGCUAGAGUGAAGGCUCUUCAUCUUCAAAAACCCACUACCUUGUGGAUUGGGACAGGAGGGGGUGACAUCAUUUUAUUAGAUCUUUCUACUCAUCUACCCAUUUAUGUUAUGGAUACAUUUUGUCACUCCAUUCGAAGUAUGGUGACAACACAAAUUGAAAAGGAAAGCUGUUGCACUGUCUUGCUGAUCCUAGGAAAUGUCAAUAAAGAAUAUUUUGUAAACAAUAAAUGGCAAAGAGAAUUACAAUCACAGCUGUUCGUCUGGGAUUUGAGCCUUCCUUAUGAAAUCCAGAACUUGAAGAAGCACAAUGAUAUGAGAAGAGAAAUAUCCAAGAAAAUGAGGACUAGGUCAUUGGAAUAAUUGCACAUGGGCAGAUAUAUAUGAAUAUAUUUUUUAAUUAAUAGUAUUUUAUAUGUAUUGAAUAUAUGAAGCAAUGAAUCUAAUAUUUUGAUGUUCUAGUUAAACUGUAAAAGCCAGCUUCAAUAUUAAAGAGAUAUAUGGAUUAUUACAGAUUAUAAAAGAAAUAGUGUCUCCCCUUGUCCCAUCAUGCAAAUCCUCUGCAACUCUAUGCACUUUUGUAAUAUUUGUGUAAAACUUUGUGUUUAGUUGAAAAUGGAUGUAUUUUUGCCAUAAUCCAAGUGGCUUGCCAUCACAAAAUAAUGCAGAGAUGGUGGAAAAUUGAUAGUCUCAUUAUCUAUUUUCAAAAUUCCACACUAAAGAAAUAACAUGAAAGCACUGAAUUUCACUGGGCGCCUAGAACAAAACCAGUUGGUGGUUGCCAAGUUAGGAUUUGUCUCCAUCAAGUUGGCUUAUUAUCAAUAUUCCAGAAGUCUGGGUAUUUGUUUAAAUGUAAUGAGCAAUGAACGUUCCUGGUCACUUUUUGGGAAUUAUGAUUGGAGCUCACUAGUGUAGAAAGUGGACAAUAAUGAUUUAAAAUGAUCAUCACUAUAUGGGAUUUGGAAUAAUUCUCUGGACAUAUUUUCAAGGCAUAUUUGAGCCUCAUCACACAUGAGCAUUUUUUGAAACUAAAAGACGUGGUUCUGUCGAUACUUAACGCUGCCUUGCAAAUAGGAACUGAUCAUUCACAGAAGGCUCAGUAUUAAAAAAAGCUGACUGCCAACUGUGCAAAUUCCUAACAUGUUCACCAAAACUUGUUACCUAAUAUAUUGCUUGAGAUAAAACAAUAAGACUUUGUUUCUUUGAACAUUAGAAUUGUUUAAUAAUACUUUAAUUGUACUAUUGGAUUCCCUCUGCAGCAAUUAAUACAUAUUCCAUCCUCCUUGUCCCACCACCAGAGAAUCAGGUUUAUUAUCGCCAGCCUGUGUCGUGAAAUUUGUUAUCUUAGCAGCAGCAAUACAAUGCACUAUGUUAUUCCCUUUUCCCAUCCUACCCUGCUUACUGCUCUCUCUGGCCCAUCCAUUCACCACAUACUCCUUUGCUGUAUUCCUGUCUUCCCUUCCCCUUCCCCGUUAACAAGUUAGGUAUAAUCCCAAAACUUCGUCAGAUGUACACAAAAUAUGUAUGCAUGUCUUGCCAUUAUAUUUGACUGUCUUCUAUUAAUGUUAGUUUGUUUUGUUCUGCCACUUUUCCUUCUCUUUUUUGGGAUUCCCAUCUUGUGCUUCUUUUGGGUAGAGAGCACAAACAGUUCACAAAUAAAAAAAAAGAAAGUUUAAAAUUGGAAAUAUUUUCAUAAGCUACUUCUCUAUUGGGAUUUUUUAUUUUGAAAGGCUACAACAGAUCAUUUGUGCUAGUAGACAAGUUUUCUGGAAGUGCUUUAAUAUUUUGAACAUAAUUCAAAACUGUAUUACCAGUUUUUAAUUUGCAGUAUAUUUAAACAUGUUGAAAUGCUUUGCCUCAUAGAAAAUUUGAAAUUCUCAAAGUUGAAUGAUACGGAUUAAGAUUCUGCAGAAUGUCUAUACUUUUAAUAGUUUUAAUUAUGUCACAAAAAGAUAAGGUAAGCUGGUGCUGAUUUCAUGUUAAUAUUAAAGGUUUCUAUGUGCUGGAGUAAUUAUUUAAUUCUCCCAUUGAUUUUUGUGGAUUUUUUAAUUCAAAGAAGCAAUUCAUGUUUUGGAUCUCAUUUUUCUAAGUAAAAGUAUUGAUUGUGUUUGAUGAGUUAUAUUAUUUAAAAAAAACUCUGAAGAGUCAUGCCUUCUGAAUUAUUUAUUGAAGCAUUGGUAAAUGAUAGCAGA